AUGGCUUCAAGAGCUUUGUCAACAGCUUUUCUCCUUACCUUCAAUCUUUUCUUCUUCACUUUGGUAACAUCCACUCAUACCCCAAAAGGUUGCCCACCACCGCCACCGCCGUCGUGCCCACCGUCACCAAAACCUCCAACACCUUCACCGAAACCUCCAACGCCUUCACUCCCUCCCAAAGCAACUUGCCCAAAAGACACUCUCAAAUUGGGUGUUUGUGCUAAAUUGCUCAAUGACCUUGUCCACUUGGUUGUUGGAACCCCACCGAAGACACCAUGUUGUACCCUUAUCCAAGGUCUUGCCGAUCUUGAGGCUGCAGUAUGUCUUUGCACUGCCAUUAAAGCUAAUAUCUUGGGAAUCCACCUUAAUGUUCCCGUCUCUUUGAGUCUGUUGCUUAACUACUGUGGAAAGAAAGUCCCCUCUAGCUUCCAAUGCGCCUAG